UACUGAUGAGUAUUUCAGGUUAACAGUGAUGGAGCUGGCAUUUUGGUUCUUACACGUAACCAAAUACCAUGCAAUAAAUCAAUUCCAAAAGGGGGAAAUCAAAUACAUUUUAGGGAUUCAAAGAUCCACUACUGAAUAGUGAAAAAACUGUUUCCAUUUAUAGAUUUCGAUGAACACCGCCGUGAGAUUUCCUUCCGCUUCGCUCUCUUCUUCUUCAUCUGUUUUCUUCUCCAAUUUUCCGAGAAAUUCCGUUUCCAUGGAAACAAUUAUUCCGGCGAAUUUGAAUCUCAUCGGAAAAGGAAAACCCUCUCAUUUUUCAACCAUCUCCGCUUCCAAUGAUCGCCAUGGGUCUCCUCGAGAAUCCACUUUUCGGGGAGGGGAAUCUUUCUUCAGGAAUAUCUUGGCAACUAUGGAGAACGUUUAUCUGAAUAAGAACCCCACAGCAAAAUCCAUAUUGGAUCUUGUUCGUUCGGUAGAUGAUGAUCGAAUAUGCUAUGAUCAUUUUGCGUUUAGGUCGUUUGGGGUGGAUGGUCAUGGAAUCGAUUCUAUGGCAAAACUUUUUGUGGAUUUUGGUUAUGUACAAAGAGAAGAAUUGAGAUUCCCUGCAAAGAAAUUGAAAGCUUUUUGGUUUUCGCCUCCGAAUAUUCCACAUUCAGGUGAUGGUACGGGUGUUAAUGGACCAUUGCCGAGGAUAUUUAUAUCGGAACUUCUUGUUGAUCAAAUGAGUUCAGAAGCUCAGAAAAUAAUUAGAAAAUACACUAAAUUAUCGGGAAAUGGAAAUAUGCACGCGUCUGUAGCCAGUGCACUGGGAUGUUUGACAUGGGAAAAACCUGCGUACACUGAAUUCCAACAGUUGGCUAGGGAAAGUGAAUAUGCUGCAUGGACUCUCGUUAAUGGAUACACGGUAAAUCACGUCACUAUAUCUGCUCAUCGCCUUAAAUCACACUUACAGAAGAUUGGAAAUCUUAAUCAGUUCAUUGAGGAGAAUGGUUUCAAGUUGAACUCUGAAGGAGGUGUUCUUAAGGUAAGCCCUGAUGGUCUCUUGUUACAAAGUUCAACGGUGGCAGAUUCAGCUUCAUUCCAAUUUGCUGAAGGAAUCACGGAAUCGAUUCCUUGCUCAUACAUUGAGUUUGCCGAACGCCUCGUACUUCCUGAGUUCAAAGAUCUACCGGAGAAUAAGGUGGAAGAGUUUCAUAGGAGAGACGGUUUUGAGGUUGGAAAUGCAGACAAGAUAUUCGAGAGCACAUCUAUCGAUCAGCUUACCAGGAAGUCCGUGUGACUCAGUAAACACUAAUAUACUAUGUUCGAUGUCUAGUAUGCCCGUUUAUCGUUACUAAAUAAGCUACUGUUUAUAAAUAAAUUGUUAACUAAGAACCACUUUCUGACUCAAUAAGUAUGAAUAACAAGAAACACAAAUUGUUGUUGCUAAUGCUAA